CAGGACGUAGUUGAACUAUUAAAUACAUAAAUACACUUUAACCUGGUUUACAUGAUUAUUGAUAUGGUUUAUAUAAAGUUCUUUGGUUGAUUUUGUCAUGUUGUUUAUAUGAUUUCUAAAUAACAUCUAUAUAUAUUUGGAUUUUUUAUGGAAAGGUGGAUUAGCCAAUCAAGAUGAAGCAGGUGCUAGCAACUGUGUUUGUUGCCAUGGUGAUGACCUGGUAUCCAAUAACAACCCAAGAUCUUGAGCCAAUCAAUGAGCAUGGCCUAAACCCAGGAGCAGCACAUGUUUGUGUAACCACAACCAAAGAGGCCUACGUAAUAACUGAGUCUUUCCAACAGUACUACAGGUACAAAUCUAACACAUGGUGUGUUGCCUUUCCUCCACGGUGUACGGUAUAUUUCAUUCGAAGUCGGACAGCGUACAGAAAAGUAACGAAAUAUCGUGAUCGGAAGACAUAUGUUUGUUGCAAGGGAUAUAAGCCACAAACUGGUCUUUCAUACUGUGUUCCCUCUUGUGUUGAUGAUUGCCAUGACAAAACUUACCAGGGCUACUGCAUUCUUCCGGAUGAGUGUUUGUGUCGGGAGGGAUUCAAAGGGGAAUUGUGUGAAUCAGGCUGCGCAGCAAAUGAAUGGGGCCGAAACUGUGAAAAAGUGUGCAACUGUGCCGCGCAUGGCUCUUGUGACCCAGAAACUGGGCAGUGUGUCUGUCACAUUGGUUACACGGGAAGUGAUUGCUCCCAGCCAUGUGUGGACAGUUUCGGUCUGCACUGUGUGAACCCAUGUGUGUGUGAGAAUAACUCGACGUGUAACAACGUCAACGGACGAUGCACUUGCCACCCGGGAUACUUCGGGGAGUACUGCCAUAAAACGUGUGAUCCAUCUACUGUUCAAGAAGAAGGCUGUCAGCAGACGUGUGCAUGUCAAAAUGGUGGAGUGUGUGACAAACAGACUGAGAAAUGUAUAUGUGCCUCUGGCUAUAAGGGCGAGUACUGUGCAGAAGUGUGUGAUGGCUUCCACUAUGGUCAGAACUGCACACAGCUGUGUGCAUGCUACAAUCAGGGCAUCUGUGACCCAACAAAUGGGAAAUGUCAAUGUGAUAUUGGAUAUACGGGCGAAAGUUGUGAGAUACAGUGCAGCCCAGGAAAAUACGGCAACCAGUGUUCUCAAUCUUGUCCGUGUCAAAACGGGGGAGUAUGUGAAUAUAAUGGACAAAGGGAGAUAAUCUGUAACUGUACUGAUACCGGAUUUACUGGCCCUGCCUGCACUCAGAGAGUGUGUCCCUUCGAUCAUUACCUGUCCAUUAAAACUGGUCAGUGUGUGCCAUGUUCCUGUCCCUGGCAAACUACACAGUCUUGCAAUGCAUUGUCAACAUUGUGUCAGUGCAAGCCUGGUUACCAAGGUGAUGACUGCAGUAUCAAAUGUGAUGAUCCAUUUUAUGGAAAAAACUGUGCCCAAGUGUGCCCUUGUGCCGAAACCGGAAAAUGCCACCAUGUGACCGGUGAAUGUGUUGAGUGCUACCCAGGUUACACUGGGGAUAACUGUACACAGACGUGCCCGCCAAACAAAUACGGUCUCAACUGCGCCAACCAUUGUUCGUGUCUGAACGGGGCAAAUUGUCACGCCAGUACUGGCUACUGCGAAUGUAAACCUGGAUAUAGAGGCACUGUGUGCAAUGAGCCGUGUCCACAUGGUAAAUACGGACGGAACUGUGAACAAGACUGCUUGUGUGAUCUUAAGAGGUCAAUAUGUAGUCCCUAUGAUGGCUCUUGUCAAUGUAAACCAGGUUACCAAGGCCUCAACUGUGUAGAUGAAUGUGAAGAAGGCCAGUACGGUUUCUUGUGUAUACACAACUGCUCGUGUAGUGUGGAGGGCACAAAGGGCUGUGAUCCUAUGACGGGGGAGUGUCGGUGUAAACCAGGAUGGCAUGGGGUCACUUGUAACUCCCCAUGCCUUCAAGACUCCUGGGGUUCCAACUGUGUUAACCCAUGUGACUGUAGCGGGCGAGGAUCAUGUGACCAUCUCAACGGGGCGUGUAUAUGUGAGGCCGGGUACCAUGGGGAAACUUGUGAAAAUGAGUGUAUGAAUGGCACUUACGGGUACAAAUGUAUGUAUAGUUGCCCAGUAUGUAGCCCGGGCUUCAACUGUGAUCCGGCCACGGGAGAGUGUGUAACAGAAAGCUGUCCCCCUGGGCUUAUGGGGCUCAAAUGUAACAAGAAUUGUCCACAAGGAAGAUGGGGUCUGAAAUGUAGCAACACUUGUUCCGUAUCAUGUAUCCAAAACGGUUUCUGUAACCCCGUCACUGGAAUGUGCGUCUGCUACCCUGGUUACUUUGGCGCUCAAUGUGAUCAAGAAUGUCCCAAAGGCAAGUUUGGAUUUGGCUGUGCCAACGACUGCCCCUGUAUUGAGUCCCGAACCGAGACUUGCCAUCACGUGACUGGACGCUGUCACUGCCUUAGUGGCUAUACAGGAAAUUACUGCGAGAAAGUGUGCGAUCUUGGUUAUUGGGGUCCCAACUGCAGGCUAUCAUGCUCCAAAGCUGGGUGUGUGGAGUCCAACAGUAUCGGAUGUGAUGCAAUAAAUGGACUGCCAUGUACAUGUAUAGACCAGUACACUGGGACCUUCUGCUCAGAUACUCUGGGACAAGGUGGAACAUCGGGCGGACAAACAGGCACCAACAACACAUCAGCAGCAGCAGCAUCCAUUUCACCCAUCAUCGUCGGCGUUGUUGUUGGUGUGUUGUUGCUGCUAAUACUGGCAGUUGUGGUUUUGUACUUCUCUCGAAGAGUGAGGAAAUUAAAGAAUGAAAACUUGCGUGUGCAGUAUUCUGUUUCCAACGGGACCUUACCUGGGCAGACGAACUUGGGCAAUGGUACAAUAGGAGUAGUUAACCCGACAUACCAGGAACAGAACAUGCAGAAUGAACAUCGCUACCCACACCUUGCCCAGCGUGCAUCAUCUUUAAGGCCUCCACUACCGGAGAGACAACAGUCCUGUGAACCAUUUGACGAUAUUGAUGAAGAGAAGAUGCGAGUUACCAUGGCGAGGGGUGACAAGUGUGACAGUCGCCCAACGUCGGGGACAUAUAGUGAGCCCGAAGAAGAUCGAUACACCACACUGAAGUCGGUAAUGGGAAACGCUACUUUGGAGCGCAGUUCAUCAACACAAGGAGCAGAUAAAGACUACACAUUGUACCAAGGGCAAAGAUCAGAAGAAGAAGGUCAAAAUUCGCCUUCAAGGUCACCAUCAAGGUCAAGCAAUGAUGGCCAUGCGGGAUAUGUCAAUAAUGCAUAUGCUGAUGAAUCUACAAAGCAGCAUAAUAACAAGUCUACGAAAGGAAUUUCCCAGCCUCUGUAUGAUAUUGACUUUAUUACUAUAAAUAGUAACACUGGAAACUCACAACAAGCUUCUCAUGACUCAGAUGGAUUGAACACUGCAAGCCUUCCUGGAACACAGACCAGGGACCCAGAAACAAACCAAUCAAAAUCUUUCAUUUCAAGAACAAAUUUAACAUCAGAAAAUGAAGAAGUAACAAGAUCUGAAAAUCCUUAUGACAUUCCAAACUGUACAACAGAUGAAAACAAAACAACUACUUUUAAUGCCGGUGGUUACAUAACACCAAUAUCUGACCAAACUGUUGAAAAUCCUGUGUCCCACUCAUCUAAUGGAAUAGGCUACAUUACACCCUUACAUGAGAUAGAAAUUGAGGUAGCUGGGGAUGAUUUAGAAUCUUCAGUAAUUUCCAACAAUGACCAGAGACAGCUUAUUUCGGAACCAAAUUCGCUGUUCGAUUCAAAUGCUUAAUUUCAAAGACAUUGACCUGUAAUUCAAGUUCUCACCAUUUUUUGAGUCUACGAACUUUGGCAAACAAUAUUUGAAGAAUCUUUUGGAAGCUCUAAAAUAAGUGUAAAAAAAGGUAAUUCAUGUUUGUUGUAUGUUUUUGUAUUAAAUAGUUGUAAAGUUUAUAUGUGAAACAAUGAGCUGUACAAAUUUGAGUGGAAUUAGGAAAAGUUUUUACACUCAAUGUUGAAAGUAUACAUAUCUUAUAUUCAUAUCACAUUUGAAGUAAUUUUGAAUCAUUGUGCAAAAAUAUUUUUCGAACUUAUUUGUAUUUAUCACUUUUUUAAUUAUGCUGUCUUGGCAUUUCAGUUAUUAUGGAGAACUGUAUUAUUUUGUGAGCUAUGUUUUCUGUCUGUGAUGAGUUUGUGUUUACCGGUACGUAUUGUAUAUAUUGUAAGUGCUUCAUACUGAAUGUAUCAACAUUAGACUUCUAGAUCAAAAUGCCCAAAUUCGAACAUGGAUUUUAGUUAACAUCUUUUAGCUAAAUUAUUGUGAUAAAAGCUUUCAUCUUCUGAAAAUCAUGCUCGGUAGAAACUUGAACUUGUGUCCGAUUUGAGAGGCCAUGAGAAUGGGGGGGGGGGGGGGACCAACAGCCACAGAGGUGGGAGGUGGACACCUGUACCCCAAGACCACUCUCACGCCUCACAUUUAUUUACACAUAUUGUACUACUUGGCUAAACACAUUUUCAUUAACCCUGCCAUUACACUGUUGGCCAGCAGUGUGCCGGUGCAGGGCCAGCAGUGUGCCGGUGCAGGGCCAGCAGUGUGCCGGUGCAGGGCCAGCAGUGUGCCGGUGCAGGGCCAGCAGUGUGCCGGUGCAGGGCCAGCAGUGUGCCGGUGCAGGGCCAGCAGUGUGCCGGUGCAGGGCCAGCAGUGUGCCGGUGAAGGGCCAGCAGUGUGCCGGUGAAGGGCCAGCAGGCAAAAUGUGUUUAUUUCAACCAUAAUUUUAUGUUGAGAUUACUGUAAGGUUACUAUUAUUAUUGAUUGUUAUUUGAUCGUUCUGAUAUUCAUGUUCAUUUGGGAUUUUAAGCACUAUUAUACAAGAAUUAGCUAGUAAGUGUGACCUUUCCAUAAUACACUUACUAAUACAGAUUUCAAAUAGAGGUAUUAUAAUUCCACUAUUUGCUGACAUAUGCAUUGUAUACCUCUAUGAAAUCUAUAUGAAUGACUUUGUCUCAAGCAUAAGAUAUAAUUUCAUUGUUCAAUAAACGACUAUUUAGGAAAUUCAUUGUGUUAGCAUUAUUAUGUUGUAGUUUUUCUAAUGAUGGGCUUUCAUUUUAUUAUGUUGUAUAUAUUCCAUUACAAGGUUUAAGACAUUUUUACCGAGAAACAUAUCACUUUGUACAUUUCACUGUUAUUAUAUUCAGAAUCUGCUUAUAGAAUGGCUGUAGCAAUACUGAAUUUUUGGUCCAUAGUCUGAAGCGCAAAGUUUUAUAAAAAAACGUUUUAUAUAUGCACUCAGAGUUAAUUGAAAUGCAAUGAAAUAUCAAUAACUUAAUUUUGCCAAUGAUAUCAACUUUGGGCCAAAAGUUGUGUAAUGUGUCCCUUUAAAAUUGUUAUUAUUAUGUUUGUCUUCAUAAUAUAAGACAGUGUCCAGUUAAUCAUUAUUAUUUUGUUUGUCUUUAUAUAUGAGACAGUGUCCAGUUAAUUGCAAUUCAAACUAUAUCACAAGAAUAACAACUACCCCCACCAGGAUUAUUUGAAACAGAGAAUUUUUUCAAAGUUUCAAACAAAUUUUAAUUAAUAUUUUACAAGGGUAUUGUUAAUAAAAUUAAUUAGGCAGUAUCUUAUCUUUAAAUCAAUAAUUGGUAUUCAUACAUAUUCCAAUACCUUGAAGGUCCUUGACAAAUACACUUAUAUAUUGUUUAAAAGAAAAAUAUUUUUCUUACGACUUUGGAAAGAGGGGGUCAGGUACUCUGCGCUUGAGAAAAAAAUGUGUAGAUAAGAGUAACUAUGGGAAUAUCCAUUUAUUCAUGAAAUUAACAAAAAGAUGCGGACAGAAAGUUAAAAGACAGUGAUGAAGUUUUGUUCCUUACGAAAAAUAUCUGAUUCGAUUUCUCCACACAAAACACAUUGUUUGGCAAUUCUUCUAUUUUUGCUUAAUUUUUGUUUCAAUUGAUUUAUUCUUUACUAGUUAAGUUGGGAAUUUUUCUUUCUAUAUUUCAGAAAAAUGACAAAGUUUCGGCAUUGGAAAUUGGUCCGAAUUUUGACCUGAAAAUGGUAGUUGUUUUUUCUGUUUUUCAUGUUUGAUGAGAUUGUCUUCAACUAUGUAUAUAUGAUGCUGCUAAAAAGAAAUACUAACAUUUAAGACAACAAUAUAACUUAUUUGUCCCUUAUCUAUGUAUUCAGAGAUUAUAUCGAUGUUGUUUGUUUUUCAAUUUUGUUAUGUUUCUUGCUUUAUAUAUUAUUGUAUUCAAUGCACACUAAUGACUUAGUCAAGUACAUUCUUUAAGAAAUUAAUUUACUUUUGAUGUUGAUAAAUAUCUUUUUUUUGGUGAUAUAUUUACAUUGAUCUAACAGUUGCUGGCCAAUUGUGAUGAUUGUUAAACUUUAAGGAAAUUAAUUCUGCAAUAUUUUUUGUAAGGGAGAUGCUGUGAUUAACUGAAAGGGGAGUGGCUCUACAAUGAGUAUACUUGAGAGGAAAUAAAUGCAAUGUAAAUACCACCUGAGUGGAAAUAACUAUGGGAAAUAACUCAACUCUCUCGUUUUUGUUUGAGGGGAAAUAACUCUGCAAUGUAAAUUCCAACAAAGGAUUAAUAACUUGACUUAAUAACUCAGCACUCUUAAUUCUAUUUGAGGGGAAAUUACAUUGCCAUGAUUAUUUUUCUUGAAAGUUAAUAACACUGCAAUGUUGAUUCAAUUGAGGGGAAAUAACCCUGCAAUGUCAAUUCAAUGAGUUUAUGACUUGAUGGGAAAAAACCCUCUAAUGUAUAUUUAACUCAAUGGCAAGUAACUCAAUAAUAAAUUAUUAUAUAAACAGAUAUAGACAUUCAAGAUUCACAUCGAACAAUUUCUGUAACAUUUUUCAAUCGUUAGAUUUUUGACUUGUCGCCAAAUCAACUUGUCAAUAUGAUUUGGUGAUAUUUUUCAGUUUAUCUAUUGGAUAAUGCAAAAUAUAUGUGCUAUUAUUUAUUUACAAAAUGUUAUCCUGUUAUUGUCUCACAAUUGUUUGAUGGAAAAUAAUUGACUGGUCAAUUAUAAAUGUAUUUAACAAUACCAACAUUAUCAAAUGUAUAGCAUGCUUAUACUGAAAAAUUCUUUGAGGCAAAAGAUUUUACAGAAAAAUGUUAUAACCAGAAUGUUACUGAUACAGGUUACUUAUAUCAAUGAAUAUUUACCAAGCUUUUGAUGAUUUAAUCUACUUUUAUUAUACAUUUGAUGUUGUUAUUUUUCAUUCAAUAUUUCCAUUGAAUUAGUUUUUAAGAAAAUAAUAUUACAGAGUUAUCUUUCUUGUUAUUUUAUAUGAAUUAUUUCCAGGUACAUAUCAACUUGACAAAUGUUAUAAACUCCACUCUUUAACAAGAUGCUUAUGCAAUAAAAUCUCUUGUUU